CGCUGCUUUGGCAUCAGUGGAAUCAAAGGGCACAGCGCAGUUGAAUAUUCAAUUGAUCCCCGACGGAGUUUUACAAAGAAAAGAGAGAGGGAAAACUCGCUGUUGGAUUGAUUAAUCGGUGAUUUAUCUUUUUAUUUGGCAACGCACCCUCAGUUACUCCAGCCAAUCUCUGACAGCAUGGACCUCUUGCCAGAUCUGUGGAGGCAUGAGUACUGGCUGCCUCCUGGGAUCACCUGGAGAGACAUGGAGCAGAUGGAGGAGUAUCCGUGUCCCCGUGAUCUGCUGUUCGCCUUGCCUCUGGCUUUAGGGUUCAUUGUCCUCCGUCUAGUAUUUGACAGGGUUGUGGCUCCCCCCUUGGGCAGAUGUGUGGGGUUGAAGAACAGAUUGUGCAUGGCUGUCGCUCCCUCCACAAAGCUUGAGUCCUUCUACACCCAACAAAACCGACAACCAUCUCAGAGUGAUAUCAUCAGUCUAAUGGCACAAUGUGACAAAACCCAGAGACAAAUUGAGACCUGGUUUCGUCACCGAAGAAACCAAGACAGGCCCAGCUACACCAAGAGGUUCUGCGAGGCUUGUUGCAGUUGGAGGUUUUUCUUCUACCUCAUAGCGUUCCUAGCUGGACUCACAACUUUGAUCGAUAGAUCCUGGUUUUGGGACCAGAGAGAAUGCUGGACAGGUUAUCCACAACAACCAAUUGAGAGGGCCCACUUCUGGUACUACCAGCUGGAGCUGGGCUUCUACCUCUCCCUUCUUCUCUGUGUCUCUGUGGACGUCAAGAGGAAAGAUUUCAAGGAGCAGGUGAUUCACCACAUUGUCACCAUCUUCCUGCUUGGUUUCUCCUACUGUUCCAACUAUGUACGGAUAGGCACUCUGGUGAUGCUGCUUCACGACUCCUCUGACUUCCUCCUAGAGUCUGCCAAGAUGUUCAACUAUGGCACGGGCUGGAGGAAGACGUGCGACACGUUAUUUGUCAUUUUUGCUGCUGUCUUCCUGGUGACUCGCCUGGUGGUGUUUCCCAGCAAAAUAAUCCACACAACCCUUGUGUUGUCCAUGGAAGUCUUUGAACCCUUCGCUGGCUACUACUUUUUCAACAUUCUACUGAUGGUGCUACAAGCACUUCAUGUCUUCUGGGCCUUGUUAAUCCUACGGAUGGCCAACAAGUUUCUAUUCUUGGGCAAGCUGGAUAAAGAUGAACGCAGUGAUGAAGAGAGUGAGCUGGAAGAGGGGGAGGAGGAAGACGAAGAUGGGGAGUGUUGUUGGGAGAGAAGUAAAGAAGCCCUGAACUCCAAACUGAAAAUGCUAAGCAAUAGCUUUGUCUUAAACAACCUUACCAAUCACAGAGCUGCUAUUGUGAGCAAGAUGCGCAAAGCGAGGUAGAAUUAUGAAUUUAGACAGAGUGAUUGUUUUCUGUCAACAAUUAAGUUACAUUAUAGACCAGUUCGAAUAGAGUACUUUUUCUCCAUCUGGGCAGGGGCGGUGUGUUCAAUAGGGCGAUAUGGGCGACGCACUGCCAAACGGGAAAAGGAAGGGAUUUUU